AUGAGCACCACGUACCAUUCCAGCUUACCCGUCUACGACAGCCAUGCCAUCCACGGCUACCCGACCAUGGCUCCGCACGCUACUCGGCCCAAGGCCGUCAUGGACGACGGGAGGAGUACGCAAUCGCACCGCUACCCUCCGCAUGCCGCACAGCUGGCCUCUGUCGGACACGCCAGGAGCAACAACGCCUCCUCUCUAUCAGCAUCCCAGCUGUCCCAUACCGCCUCUCAGUCUUCCACUCGGCCGUCCACGCCAACGCCCGAAGUCUUCGAAGCGGCAAAGGGGGAGAACACGGCGACCAGGAGAGGCUCUGACACGCUCAUCUACCACAGCCUCCAAAUACCCAAGUGCAUCAGCCCUAACGGUGGAAGUCUGUCCGACUUUGCGGCUCAGAUGACGUGCCUUUUUUGGUUCGAAUCCGUCGACAACCUUAAGCUGGCCGAGUCCGUCCGAUCAAGGCCGCCAAAUGCCCCAGUACCUCGACUGCCUGCCCUGGCAAAGCCAUACGAACAGUUCCAGAAAUGGGUGUACAAUGUCCUCUCAACGACCCAGGUGACGCAGAAUGUCAUCUUUCUGGCAUUGCUGUUCAUUUACCGCCUCAAGAUGUCUACGCCACAAAUCAAGGGACGGGCAGGUAGCGAAUACCGUCUCCUUACUGUGGCGCUGAUGCUUGGUAACAAAUUUCUCGAUGACAAUACCUACACCAACAAGACGUGGGCCGAAGUGUCGUGCUUCGCUGUCCAGGAGAUACACGUGAUGGAAGUCGAGUUUCUCAGUAACAUGCGGUACAACCUUCUUGCAUCCAAGACGGAGUGGGAGGACUGGCUCGUGAAGCUCGCGUGCUUCCACGACUACUACGACCGAGCGCUCAAGCUUCCCGCCUCGCCCGUCCACGUACCCUCGCCCUUGGGCAAGGCUUUCAACUCGCCGAUACCCUCACCCACAGGGAUGACGCACCCAGGUAUUCCGGACAUGCCUCAGUACACUCCAGUAGCGGCCAUUCAACUCUCGCCAACGUCAACUCACUCGAAGAACUUCUCGGCGUACCAAACCAACACUACAUCCCCCUUGGGCCCGAAGCGAGCAAUGAAUCUUCCUGCGACACGUAAGCGGAGCCCAGAAGAGGACUUGGCAGACCACCCGGCGAAGCGGCACGUUCCCACAAGAGUCGGACAGGUGCCGCCCGUCACCUCUGCCAGCUGCAGGCCCGCCGUCCCUAUCGAAGCAGCGCGGCUUCCGGUUCCGCAGCUGACGGUUAUCACGAAUCCGGCGCAACACGCAGCGAAGCCCUAUCCGGCAGUCAAUGCGUACGGCCCGCAGGUGCCCGCGACGGGUCACCAGCAAGUCGUCUCUCUGCCCCCUCUGCAGCCCGGCAUUCGAGCCAUGACAACGGUCUACCAACCCAACCCGGUGGCAAAUCUGGUCCAGCAGCAGCCUGUGAUGCCCGUCACGUCGGGUAAUGGCAUGGGACCUGCCGUGGCAUACCAGGCGGCGGCCCCCGUUGUUCACCCGGCUGUGAACUACGGGACCCCGACGAAGCAUCACAGCCCUGGCAAUCUGGCUCCGUUUGGCUCGUCGCCGUUGGUGGAGCAUCUGGGCCCUGUAUCGGCCGUUCACACGCCCAUAUCCAACUCCCCGAGUGUCUAUCUCCAGCAGCGCGCCAGCCCGUACAAGCCGGUCCGCCACGUCAACAGGCUGCUCUACCCACCGUCGGCGUCUCUGGAUCAGUAUCACCUCUCGGUGCCGGUGGCUCCUAGCCAGAUGCAUUAUCAGCCCCUAGGGCGACGUCAUGACGUGCGCACCGGCAUCGUACCCGAGUUCGUCGUCUACCAGCGUGGGCAGCAACAACAUCACAUGGGCUCGCAACCCGGGCAUCAGGGCCACUACCCCUCCUAG